AUGACAUUCAUAAAGACACAAGUCUCUAAGAAAUUGAAAGUCAACACAAAAUAUGGACCAAAAAUUCUGGGAAUUGUGGAAAACGAGUUUUCAAUUUUCUUCCCGAAUCGAACCAACCGGAUGCUCAUUGAUGAUGAAGAGCAAUUCACUUCACUGAUCGAUUUGGCCUCAGCAGGAGAACUUCACUUGAAUUAUUUCGGAACAGCUUAUCACAAUAAUCUCGGUGAUGCAAAAUUCUUUGACCAUGUUACUUUAACUUUCCUAUCACCGAAAAAACAUUCUUCAACUAUACAAACAACGCUUUCCGUGGAAAUUUCAAAAUUACAAAAAGAUUCUGUAGAUGCUUCACUAGAAGCUUCACUCGGGGCUUCGAUAGAAGCUUCACUCGGGGCUUCGAUAGAAGCUUCACUUGAAGUUUCACUAUCACUGGAUGAAGCACUUACUUCAUCGAACUCGAUUUGCGCAGAAUGA